UUCACGUGUAUGUGUGUUGCAAAGAAGUGAAGCUGGUUGAUAAAAAGAUUCUACAAGACACCAUUUUGUGUGAAGCGUAUUUCUUCGAGUCGUGACGUUUUCUUCUACUGCCAAUAUCGAUCUUUCAAGAAUAAAUUCGAUUUGCUGUGAAUACUACACAACUAGAGAAAGAAGGAUGUCGAACGGGAGACGUUUGUGGUUGGCGCUGGCCGGAGUAGUGCUAGUUCUAGCCGUGAUUACCAGUCCGGUCGGUAGUUAUUCACCGUUUAAGAAGGGACCGCAGCAUGGUUCGUUCACACGAACGUCACCAGCUAGCGGUGAACGUGGCACGGUAAGAGAACGCGAGCGAGAGCGGGAACGCGAACAGGAACGCUUGGCAACACCUUACGUAGGUCCGCUGGUGGGACUAGAAACGAAUGGAAAGCGAGCCGCCAACGACUUCCUUGAGGAUGUCGGUAAGAACGUAUUUGACACCGUUUACCAUUGGAAGAUGAUCGACUUCAUGUACCCAUCGCUGCAGUUGCGUAACAAUGCCAUCAGAACACGGGAAUUCAUCCCGGAGAACAAUCUACCGCUCGGUGUUGAUCGAUUCCGCGACCGGUUGUUCAUUACGACACCACGCUGGAACCCCGGUGUACCGGCUACGUUGUCCUAUCUGCCACUGCCUGCCCAGGAUCGUAGCCAACCGCUGAUGCCCUAUCCAGACUGGAGUUAUCAUACGUCACCACGCAACCCAGACUGCUCCAAGAUGAUGUCAGUGUACCGCAUCCAGGUGGAUGAGUGCGAUCGACUAUGGGUGCUGGAUGCGGGUGUUACAGACACCCUCACCAACCUGCAACAGGUCUGCCCACCCAAGAUUAUGGCAUUUGACUUACAGAACGAUGAACUCCUGUUCACGUACGUACUGCCAGCAGAACAGGUGAAAGAGGACUCACUGCACACGAACCUUGUAGUCGACGUUCGGGACGGCCAGUGUGAUGAUGCAUUCGCAUACGUUGCCGAUGUCUGGCGUAACGGUAUCACCGUGUUUGAUAUGCGCAAGUUCAAGAGUUGGCGCACGACGAACCAUCUUUACAAUCCGAACCCACUUGCCAGUGAUUACAACUAUCAGGAACUCAACUUCCAGUGGUCGGAUGGCGUGUUCGGUAUGUCACUUGCACCGGUACACCGCUCCGGCGAUCGAAUGCUUCUGUUCCACCCAAUGUCCAGCUUCAUGGAGUUCCAGGUGCCUGCCUCGAUCCUGCGCAAUGAAACAGUCUGGGAAGGAUUCGGGCUGGCGGCAAAGGCAUUCCAACCGGUGGGUACUCGGGGUCGGCUCGGACAAUCGUCAACAUCCGGUGUUGGAAAGAACAAUGUGCAGUUCUUUACGCUCGUCCAGCAAUCUGGUGUCGGUUGUUGGGAUCUUGGCAAACCGUACAACCGCAACAACCUCGGCGUGGUGGAAAAGAACGCACAGAAGCUGACCUUCCCGAACGAUCUGAAGGUUGACCGAGAACCGCAACAGUCGCUAUGGGUAAUGAGCAACAAGUUGCCUGUCUUCCUCUAUGACAAGCUCGACUACACGCAGACUAACUUCCGCGUACUGAUGGCGGACGCUCGUAAAGCUAUCGAGAAUACGGUGUGUGAUCCACGUGUACCGCCAAGUUUGGCGUUCGAUGCCGCCCAACUCGAGUGUGAGUUGGAGCUGUAAAAAUGGGACGUGGAGCUGGAUCCCCGUCCUAAUUUAUCUUCCCUUCGACCAACUACUAGCAGCUCCAAAUAGCUUUCAUGACACGGGUGUGAAGGCAAAACUAUCAUUACUUCGACACUUGGACCAAUUCCCGAAACGAUCCUUAUUUAUCUACCUUCGGGGCUUCCAAACUUUAUCUCACUGCCCAAUCGAACUACUUUGAACGCUAUCGAGCGCGGUAAGCCAUUGGAGAAAUACAUUCCUCUACCUAAGGACUAUGGAA